AACCGCACAUGCGCAAUCUUUUGAAAGCAAGCAAAAUGGCGACUCCUGCUAAAGUCACCAAGCCGGAGGGAAAAAACAACCACGAAGCUGCAGAUGAACAAGCAGACAAAGAACAGCAAGAAGCUAUUGAGCAGAUAGAUGAAGUACAGAAUGAAAUAGACAGAUUGAAUGAACAAGCCAGUGAAGAGAUUCUUAAAGUAGAACAAAAGUACAAUAAACUACGACAACCAUACUUUCAGAAGAGAUCUGACCUCAUUGCAAAAAUUCCAAAUUUCUGGGUGACAGCUUUUGUAAAUCAUCCCCAAGUUUCAGCACUGCUGAAUGAAGAGGAUGAGGAAGCACUACAGUUUUUAACCAAAGUAGAAGUACAAGAAUUUGAAGAUAUAAAGUCAGGUUACAAAAUUAACUUUCACUUUGACAGUAAUCAGUACUUUGAAAAUGAAGUAAUAUCAAAAGAGUUCCAUUUAAAUGACACAGGAGAACCUUCAUCGAAAUCAACUCCAAUAAAAUGGAAAGCUGGAAAGGAUCUCACAAAGAAAUCAAGUACACCAAGUAAAGGUGGCAGAAAAAGAAAUUUAGAAGAACAAGAAUCAUUUUUCUGUUGGUUUAGUGAUCAUGGCGAUGCUGGUGCUGAUGAAUUAGGGGAAGUUAUCAAAGAUGAUAUCUGGCCUAAUCCAUUACAAUACUAUUUGGCAUCAGAAAUAGAGGAAGACGGUGGUGACGAUGAUUUGGAUGAAGAAGGAUUAAUGGAUGAAGAGGAGGGAGAUGAAGAAGACUUUGAGGGAGAAGAUGAUGAUGGUGAAGAUGAUGAAGGUGGUGAAGAUGAGGGAGAGGAUGAAGGAUGAGGUGUUCCAAAUGUAGUUGUUGUCAUUUUGUCAUUCAUCACCCACCAGUCGUUAUCAUCUGUCAUAUCACAUUAAAGAGACUACAGAGACCAAACAAUCAUUGUGUCCAUUAAAUUAUGAUGGUUUACAUUUUUACAAAAUGUUUUAGUUCAUUUUAGUAUACAUUGUGAAAAGUCCAUUCAUCAUGUUGUGUGAUGGAAGUUCUCCGAGAUCAUGUGAUUGGUUUAUGGAAUAUCUUCAAAAUCUUACCGAACAACAAGAAUUUUUUACUAAUAUGCAGUAUAUAUAUCAUAUAUCAUGUAUGGUUGCAGUAGAUAUUUAUCCUGUUUCUAUUUUGACUUCCAACUCAAUAUAGUAUCUGAUUUUAUGAAUGGUAAUGAAUAGUUAUGAUACUUUUUAUAAGAAAUAGACGAUCCGAAUCGUUCUUAAUUCAAUACAAGUGUAAAAAAAUAAUAAAGUAACAGAAAAAAUCGACUUUUGAGAAAUUGUAUCAAAAAUAUUAAUUUUUCUUAAUCCAGUUUUGAGGCUGAAAAUAUGUAUCUUCUGUCUCUCUUGUACAUAGUUAAUAAGAAACUUUGCAUUAGAUUUAUUAAAUCAGGAAAUUUUCUUUUUAUUUAGUCAUUAAAAUAAAACUUUGUCUUAGUUGUUAAACCAGCUUGACCAAUGAAACUUCAAGCAUGUUUUGAAUGGUUUUUGGAUGAUUGUCUAAUGUUAAGCAGGAUUUACACUGCUAAUAAAUAUUUUUUGCUUCAUAAUUCAAAAUAUACAUUUUUGGUCAUAAUCAUGAUUUCAUUAAGAUAUUAUGGGAUGUGCAUUUAGAAUUUUCUAAAUGACAAAACUAAUGCAAGAAACAUCUAGAUAGUGAUGUCCUGUUGUUUUUUUGUGUUUUUUUUUUUUCUUAAAUAUUAAGUACAAGGGUAAAAAAAAUGGAAAGUUUAACCUUUCUUUGAAAUUUUACCAGAGAACACUAACUUAACAAUAAUCUUCUGUUAAUUUUGAAAGAGCAUAGUGCUUCGAGUACAGGAAUCUAAACGCACAGAUUCCAAAGGAACUCACCUUCAAGAAUAGACCUGCAGUAUUUUUUGAAAAUGUAAGGGUCAUGUUAUUUAAACUAGGGCUUAAAAAGUUAUUCUUCAGAAUAAAUUUAAAGUAAAUGGAGAAUUCUAAAGAUAACAACUUACCAACGGGUGCUUACAAUCUGCCAAAGGCAUUAGAAGUAUUGUUAUGUAUUGUUGGUCAUUUUGAAAUGUACAAACCAUUACUUAAUCAUGUAUCGACAAACCUAUGUUUUAUGGUUUUAUAUAGUUAACUUACUGCAAUACUGAAUAUAGCAACCAUAAACAGAAAGAAAUCCAGGUUGUUCAAAAUUAAAAUAGCUUUUUUGAAUAUUGCUGCAUCAUGGGUUGAAAAGCAAAUUUUAUUUAAAGUGUAAUUAACUCCAAUGUGGAAUGUGCUUUUAUGCUCACAAAACAAAUGUGCAUUUUGAAGUAUUUCUGUAAACUGAUAGCAUGAUAUUGAUGAAUAUUUCAGGUCCAAAUAUAAAUUCUGGAAACAA